UAAAACUGGAGAGCAUUUUCACUCCACGGACUCUCAAACUAAACGCACGAGCAACGUUACGCGCUCUAACUGCGUCUUCUCGCGGCUUAGUUUACGAGCACUUUGCGCUGCGUUCACUGACGCUCAGAAUCGGGAGUUGCGCUCCACCUCGGCGCUCAGAUAGAGAGAGAAAGAGAGAGAGAGAGAGUGUUUUGACGGAAACCACGUGACCGUCUCCUUCUCGUAGGACGUCCCCUCCUGUCUCCUGAGUCCACAACAAACAAGUCGCCCAGAUAAGGAGGCUAAAAGUAUCAUUUGGUGGGCAGAGACUCCUGGAACUUGACAACGUGACACUGUUUAUGUCCACGGGGUGUUGUCACUCUACGGGAGUCGUUCGUCUUGGGGAAACUUCAUCUUAAGACACUUACGCCGAUGGGAUAUGAUGAUGGCUUCUACGUCAACAUCGUCCGGAGGAACCAUGACGUCUGAGUUCGAGACCUCGACUCUCCAAGGCAUUGACGCCUUGAAGCUGAAGGUUGGGCCAGUGCGGAGAAACCUCUUCGGCCCUGUCGACCACCAGCAGCUCCAGCGGGACUUCCAGCAGCUGUUCCGCAUGAGCGUGGAGGUCGCCAACAAGCGCUGGAACUUUGACUUCCAGAGAGACGUGCCAGGAGAGGGCGCACACGUGGAAUGGGUGGAGCUUGGGUGCCAGGACGUGCCGGCGUUUUACCGGAGCUGCUUGGUGAGGCCCGCGGUGUUGGCCAGAAAAAUCACGAGGAGCACCUCAACGUCGUCGAUGGAGGAAGACGGCUCUCCUGCCUCUGGGAGCUCAUCUGGGGAAGAGUACCUGGAAGUGACCACUAGAGGGAGCUACCCACUUCAGCGACUGGGAAAACGCAGACAAUCUGCAAUCACAGAUUUCUUUAAGGUGAAAAAGAGGAAACUCAUGCCCAGCAAAGCUUCCUCUCGGCAGUAGAAAAGUUCGACAAUCUCCACAGAAACAUCACUAAGUGGUCUCCAGCCCUCAACACUCAACAUGAUAUAGUUCAUAUGUACUUAUGUAGCAAUUUAUAACAGAUUGUUUAUAAGCUUAUCCAAUGUUGGGCCUUAAAACUUCAGGCUCCAACUCGCAUUUAACUUUCAGUGCAAGGAAGCUACCUUUCUUUUUAUUCAGUCAAGCUCAGACUCGAGUUUUCAGUGGAUAAAUAUAUGUAUAUACAUACACACUGAAUAUUUUAUAAACUGUUUUAUUCAGCUUCUUUUAAUACUGUGAAAUAAUAUUAAAUGCACUCAUUCAAGAUACUAAAACAGCAAAAAGGACGUUGACCUCAGCCCAUGAUCACUGUUUUUUUUUUUGUUUUUUUCUUUUGCCCCAAGUCAUUCCAGGUCUCUUAUCAGAGUGUUUACUGCCUCAGCACACUUAGCCUUUUGGCUUCACCCUGAGACUCUUAAAGCUGGAGUCGGAGCAGGGGUCAAAACCUCAGCCAGGGUUCAAAACGUGGCAGCACGACUGUCAUUAGCUCCAGGUCAGAGGUCGGCGGGUGUCGGCUAUGCAUUUUAAAAGCUGGAUGACAGAGUAUUAAGUAUUUUCUGUUUAUAUUAAAGAUCAUGGUCCAAGAUAAAAAAACAAAAAUAAUAGAUAAUGAUUACCCAUUGUGCAAAACAAGGUAAAAUAAAGUGCCAUAACUGCAGUGCCUUGCAACAGCAUUCAGAACGAGGAAAAAUAAAAUAGUAUUUAGUGAAAAUAGUAUUUUACUUCCUACCAGAAACUUCAAUGUAUGUGACUGGGAUCCGACAGUGGAAAAAUGAUGGUCAGAAAUUACUUAAAAUAGUAAAAACUGUCUAAUGAUGUCAGUAAAACUCCAAAUUCAAAAUCUAUGAAUCCUGAGGUACUUUAUUCAAGAAGUCACUUAAACGUCACAGUUCAACACGGCAGAAUAAUGUACAAAAGGCAAACUUCUAUUUUUGCAUUGUAGAGGCUUUUUGGCAACGUGAUGAGAAAUCCUGUUUGCUGUGAUUUAUUCAGCAUUUUGCUUGUAAUAUGUAGCAUUUUCCACUUGUUUUUUUUUUUUGAACUCAUUAAGGUUUCCUGUUUUCAGAGCUCAGAGAAGCCAAACGUUUUACUUCUGCUUUUGUUUUUUUCCUUCGAAAGAGUUUUUAUACGAAGAGUCCAGCUCGCCUGUUCUGUUGCAAUCCAGUUCCUCGAUUCUGCAUGCAUGCGAGGGUUUGUGACACAAGUUGUAAAAUGAGCGACCAAAGCAAUCGAUGUGUUAAAAACUAAGAGCGACAGAUCCCAAACUAGUUCACUUUAAAUUGCCUACGGGGCUUUAAAAUACCAAAUUACAUUUGCUUCAGUUUUAAGACUUAAAACUACCUACUUCAAGUCAAAUCUAAUGAAUUUCCAAUAAUUUGUUACCAUUAUUAUUUUACCAUUUUGUUGGAAAAUAUCUUUAAAAUUAAGACAGGCCUCUGGAGACAUCACAUUAGACCACAGACACGAGUUGUUUUGAUUACGCUGUAUUAUAUUUUAUUAUUGUCUUUCAUCUAUUCUUUGUUUCCAGGUCUUGUGCCUCUUGUGAUGUCAUUCAAACAAAGCAGGAUUAGCAGCUCUAGUGAACAUUAGUGGAAAAAAACAAACAAACCCCCUCCCUCCCCCCCCCAAAACCCACUGGAAUGUUUCUUCUACAGGAUAUUGCAGCAGUAAUUAAAAACAAAUAGCCAUAUGCUGGAUUUAUCCUCUAUUACUACCUCAAUACGGUUAUUCAACGAUACAGAGACAAGGUAAAAAGCUGAGUUUGUUUGUGUUUGGCGGCAAUGAAAGCAAAGACUAAAGAGAGAGUCGUGUUCUGUUGUGGUGAAAGAGUCAGUGUGUCAGAACUCGGGGUGGGCGGGUUUGACCGCUUUCACUUUACUUCACUUUUCAUGUGACGGCUUUCCCAGAAUAGAUCGAGCAAGUGGAGCAGCACUGAGGGGGUGAAAAAAUACGGACCGUCCUGAGAAAAUGUCCCACCCAGACCCCUAAAUCUCCAACAAAGGACAUUUCUGUCUCGUUUUGUCUAGUUGCUCGACAAUAAAUCUGUCAAUGUGAGCCAAAAGUUUUCAAACAGCAGGAGCAUAAUUCAAAGUUUCUUAUCUUUUUUUUUUUUUCUCCUAACUAUAAAGUCAGAUUACUUUAAAAAAUAUAUAUCUUUGCACUAUUUAUCUAAGAACUACUUUUAUUGCAAUGGCGAAAUCUGUGGAGAACAGACACAGGGCAGCAGACUCGGCUUCAGACUGAGACUUUCAGCUUAGUGUAGCCACAUUAUUCCUCGUUAAAGUUUAUUGAAAAAAUAAAAAAUAAAUAAAACAAUAAAUCCGUUUCCAGAGGUUGCAAACUAUUAUUUUGCAGCUUCAGCAGAAGUGUUUAUUUUAUUUUGUACAUGCAUGAAUGUAAGAUAUUUUGUACACCAUUUUGUAAUAAUUCAACUGUAAUUUAAUGCUGGUUCAUGUACCUUUGUAUCACCAUCUUUUUGGAUAAUAUUUGUAUUGUUGCUCUCCAGCUUUUCAUAACAAAUUUCAUUUGGUUUGUUUCAUCAAUAAAUAAAUAUGAAGAGAAAUCA